AAAUAUAGAUUUUCUUCGGAUAUGGCCGCUGUAUCGGCAAUACAACAUCUGCAAUGUUUUGUAAAUUCAUUUUUAUAAAAUGAAUAAGGUGUUUUUUACUUAUGUAUAGUGAUUAGUGGACCGUGUACAGUGCUGUGAUAUUUGUAAUGGAUGCAGAGAACGAGUACGAAAAAAAGAGAGUUCGUGAGGCCAUACAAACGAUAGAGACUAUCCAGUCCAUGAUCGACGUUUCAGCUGAUAGACUCGAGGGUUUACGGACACAAUGCUCGACGAGCGCCGAGCUGACGCAGCAGGAGAUCCGGACCCUGGAGGGCAAGCUAGUGAAGCACUUCUCCCGACAGCUGGUGAUCAAGGCCAGCUUCGGUGAGGAGUUGCGGCGUGAGCUCGGCGAUGUGCCGUGUCUUGCGCAAUGGCUACGAGUUGUGGGGCUCAGCCCCGAGGCUAUCGAGGCGGUAUGUUCCCGCGUGGCGUCGUUGGAGACGCUGCGGGAGCGCUCCGACCACGAGAUGCGCGCGCUGCUCGCCGGCGCCCGCGACGAGGAGGUGCUGCGCCUGUGCCGCGCCAUGCAGCGCCUCAGGUCUUAUAUAGAGGCGCUGGGUCGCGGCGAGGGCGGCGCGGAGCUGCAGCUGUUCUGGGACUCGUGGGAGCGGCAGGCGCGGGCGUCGCCGCGGCCGCCGCGUGCGAGGCACGCCAACCACGACCACCACGGCACGCCGCAUAAUAAGAAAGGUGGCAAGUCUCCCCCCACCCCUGUGGCGAAGCGGAAACAGAACAGCAGUCUGCCCGCGCCCGCCGCGCUCACCAAGUCACGCUCGCACGAGUCGCAGCUGUCCGUCAGACCUGAUGCUUCAGACCUCAGCGACAACAGCCAAUCCUCAGCCGUGGGAACAGGCGAGGUGACUCCCCCCGCCUCACCUCAUGACACUGAAUCCGACAACACGCCACAACAUCGACCCCUAGCCUACUACAAUAAUAACGUGGCGGUCGUGGCCCCGCGGUCGCCGCGGACGCCGACGGUGUCGCGCUGCAUGGCGCAUGACAUCGCGCAUCGCUUCACCAAGACCUUCAACAUGAUCGCGACCUGCGAUUACUGUGAUAAGCAGAUGCUUUUCGGUUCGGGACUCAAGUGUAAGGAGUGCAAGUUUAAAUGUCACAGGGAUUGCGAGAGUAAAGUACCCCCCUCUUGUGGUCUACCGCCCGAGUUUGUGGAUGCUUUCAAAGAAAAGUUCCAUAAAGACGGCGGUUACUACGGCUACGUGUCGCCGACGCCGGGCCGCGGCUCGGGCUUCCUGUCGUCGCUCACGCACCGCCGCCGCCCGCACGCGCCGCCCGCGCCACACCAUCAGGGCGGUCCCGACUCAUCCUCCAACACGUCAUCGUGCAACAGCUCGACGCCGUCAUCCCCUGCGCUUGCGCCGCCGCUCACCCCCCACCAUCCGCAUCAUCCCCACCACCCACCCACUACGAAGCAGCAGUUUCAUUUCCCUGAAGUAAAGCCGGUGGUGUCGAGCCCCAACCACGUGGCGGUGCAGUCGCCCGCCCGGCACCACGACAAGGAAGAUCUCACCGCUAGUGUUAAAAGUGGCGACAGUUCCCGCUGCGUGUCGCUGUCGGGCUCGGGCUCGACGGACAGCGGCGGCUGUCAGCGCGGCGACUCGCUCGACAUGUCCAACAAGCACGGCGACUCGCGGUGGCCCAGGCAGAAUAGUCUAUCAAUGAAAGAAUGGGACAUACCGUACGACGAGCUGAAGCUGUUCGAAGUGAUCGGCACGGGCCGCUUCGGCACGGUGUACCGCGGCAGCUGGCACGGCGCCGUGGCCGUCAAGGUGCUGCACGUGCUCAGCGACGACUGCGUGCCGCUCGACACAUUCAAGCACGAGGUGGCGACAUUCCGCAAGACCCGCCACGAGAACCUCGUCCUGUUCAUGGGCGCCUGCAUGAAGCCGCCGCGGCUGGCGAUAGUGACGUCACUGUGCAAGGGCAUGACGCUGUACACGCACAUCCACCUGCGCAAAGACAAGUUCACCGCCAACAAGAGCGUCAUCGUUGCGCAACAGAUAUCUCAGGGUAUGGGCUACCUCCACGCACGAGGCAUCAUUCACAAGGACCUGAAAACCAAGAACAUCUUCUUAGAAAACGGCAAAGUGGUGAUCACGGACUUCGGCCUCUUCAGUGUUACCAAACUUUGUUUUGGAAACAAGUUAGUACAAAGUCUGCGCGGCGACAGCCUGGGCAUCCCGGCGGGCUGGCUGUGCUACCUGGCGCCCGAGCUGUGUCGCGCGCUGACGCCGCAUGCCAGCCUGCACCUGCCCUUCUCCAAGGCUACAGACGUCUACGCAUUCGGUACGGUGUGGUACGAGCUGCUAUGCGGUGAAUACCCGUUCAAGAGCCAGCCGCCCGAGGCCGUCAUCUGGCAGGUCGGCAAGGGCGUCAAACAGUCACUCGCUAAUAUGCAGGCCUCCAGAGAUAUUAAGGACAUCCUAAUGCUAUGCUGGUCGUACCGCUCAGCAGAGCGGCCGGACUUCCCGCACCUGCUGUCCACGCUGCAGAAGCUCCCGCGCAAGCGCCUCGCGCGGUCACCCUCGCAUCCCGUGCAUCUGUCCCGGUCUGCUGACUCCGUCUUCUGAAAUAUGAGGGUAGGAUGCUGGGAAAUCGUGGUGGAGUAGGCUGGUAUCAAACGUAAUGGCGGCGCAGUGUUUCGGAGGGCAUUGGGUAGGUGGUGUAAGUAAAGCGAUUUGUGAGCCGUCAUUGAGUUUGGUGAGGGCUAAAUAAGAUCUGGAUUCUGCUGCCUUCUUGUUUUUCUUUUCUGAGAUGGUUUGGUAACCUAAAAAGUUAAAAGGGCAUUUCUACAAGACAAGAUUCUUUUCAUUCCUUCUCAAUAAGUUGAUGCUAAAGUUCUUGUUAUACUAUUUUACUUUCAAUAACUUUCCUUAUAUCUUCUUUCUCGUGUCAGAAUCUCUUUGCAAUCCCUGCCCAUUGCCAUAUUACGGAUUCCUUAUCCCAUCAUCGUAAAAGUUGGAUAAACCGUCAUUAGUUUUAUCAAGACUUACUACUUACUCACGCCAGCCACUCUCACCACAGAGGGUAUUCGCCAAUCUCGUAUAUCGACGAAAUAAUUAUUUAAACGUAUGUAUUCAAACAUUUCAUCUGAUCCUGGUCUUUUGAAAUACCAAGGAUAUCUUCUCUUCAACAAAUUGGGAGAACAAUUUACUAUAAAUUAAUUUCUAAGUUAUUUAUUUUAAUUAUCAUAAUUGACCAUAUCGUCCAAAAUUGUCGCAUAAUUUAUUUAAAUUAAUUUGUAAAUAUUUUGAUGUUUUCUUUGAUUUGUAUUUAACAUUGCUAAGCAUGAGACAUCUUCAAUGUAAUGAUGGAGCGCUGUAAGUAUUAAAUUUGAUUUAAUUUUAAAUUUAAGACGAUAAAAAAGACAGAAAUUGUCCUCCCAACUUGUCCAUUAAAAUAUAACAAAGAAGUUAUAUUCAGUAUAACACAACAAACGGGUUUUCGAUACUUAGUAUAAACAUUUAUAAAUAAAAUGUAAAAUAUGUUAAUAAUGUCUAUUGUAAGUAAACAAUCUUGAUCUCUGAAUAAUCGAUAGAAUAAAUUAUAUUUUCGUAAUUAAAGUAAUAACUGAUUCAAGUAAAAAAAAGAAAAAAAAAAACAAGUGAAAAUGACUGCUUUGUUGAUAGAAUGUAAAUAUUAUGUACAGUGUUACGAUUUUGCUGUGAUCGAUUACUCGACUGUUUUAAGUUGCAAAUGAAACUACACAACAUCAUCUUGUAUUUAAAACUUAAUCUGAAAAAAAAAAAAAACUAAUGGCAAGUGAAACAAUUACAUAUGGGCAGUACUAUAUCACUUUGAAAUGACACCUGUGGAUUUUGUAUCUCAAAACAGUCGAACUGAAUGCACUGAUCUAUUGUACCAAGUGAAUACCAAGAUAAAGCCUUAUAACAUUUAUAAGAAAGCUCCAGUAAUUGGGUCUAUCGCUGUCCAAAAUAGACUCAAAGUGUUCGCAAAUAAGAAUACUUAUUUUAUUUAUGCGUUUAAGUAUUUGUUUCAAAAUAUUAUCAAAAAACGUUGAGCAAUAUUUUAAUGUCAACCUCAGUAUCAAUAACUUUACAGGGUUCUCAAAAAUAAGGUUAGUAAAAUAUUUUUUUAGACCCAAAGGUAUAGCUUACUAGAUUAAAAAAAAACUGUAUUACUAUAAUAAAUGUCUUAUAAUAAUGAUAUAAUUAUAACACUACGAAGAUCAGUGCAUUCAACAAAAUAUUCUGUCUAUACUAGGCUAAGAGUUGACAUCUUUCAUACCUACUAUGUUAUUUUUACAGGUUUUCUUAUUAAAAUCUUCUAUGAUAGUCCCCUGUGGUUCGACACACGAAUUUAUUUGAUAUUACAUAGUAUAACGACAGUUUAUUUAAUGUAAAAGUCAAAAUUUUAGCGAAGGUUUUAGAGAUUAUUGGGGUCACAUUUAUUCUGUUCCAUCCGAAGCAAGUUUUGCUUCAUUGUACUGUGUGAUUAAAAGCUUAUUUUAUUCAUACAGAUAGUAUGUCAAUUUACGUAAAUUUGCUGGCUCCAAUAAUCUCUUCAGCUAUCAAAAUACAAAUAUGUUUUGUAAAUAAAAGAAUAUAACAUUCCUUUUCGUAGGUUGUUGAGGUUUAAAACUUGAUAGUUACUAUUCAAGCUGUAGUAAGUACAUCAGUUUGUAUCUUUUUAAAAGUUACCACUUUCUUAUAUCGUUGCUAAGAGGCUUAUCGUUAGUCUAGGCUGAAAUACAGGCGAUGUUUAUGCUGUGUCGCGGGGUUAGAUGUGACUGAGAAGACUAGGAAAAAAUAAAAGUAUUAUUAAAUGGGAGAAAAAAAUUUCGAACAGAAAAUUAAAUUAGCACAAAAUUAUUUUAAUUAUGAUAAAAGGUUGAGUGUCGAAGUCACAUCUAAAUCCACCACAUGAAAGCUAUCAUCAAAUCAUCAAUUAGCAAAAAAUAUCAUUUAAAAUUAAAAAAAAAAGAGAAAAAUAACAGUUCAUUAUUUUAUUGUUUACUAAAUUAUUGUUAUAAUUAAAGGAAAAUUGUUCUGGUCAGUCGACUCCUAUUACUAUAGUUUGUAAUUAGGCGAGGCGUCCGCAAACUGUACAUAGACCACCCGCGAGGCGUCCGCCAUUUGUAAUAUAUAUUUAUUAGAAGAGAACAAUGGUUGGAAUGCAGAUGGAUGUAGUUUUACAUUAUGUAUUGAGAUUUGAAACGAUUAGGUUAGUUGCAUUUGCCAAAAUAAAUUUCCCGAUCACUGUU